AUGGAGGAAUCACCGUCUCUCCUUGUCCGGUUCCUCUCCGAACUGGGCCUCGUUUCUCUCUACCACAGCAAGCCCGACGUCAAGCUUCUCUGUCUGCAGAGGUUCGUCCGCCUCUUCGCCUAUGGCGCAUCGACGCUCGUCUUGGUGCUCUACCUCCAGUCGCUGGGCAUCUCCAAGACCCGGAUCGGCCUGUUCAUGACACUGACGCUGGUGGGCGAUGUUUGCAUCAGCUUCUGCCUCACCCUAGUGGCCGACGGGCUGGGGAGAAAGGCGAUUCUCGCAUUGGGCGCCCUCAUGAUGGUGGGCAGCGGCGUCGCAUUUGCCGUGAGCGACAACUACUGGGUUUUGCUGGCGGCUGCAAUUUUUGGGGUCAUUAGUCCGAGUGGCAACGAGAUUGGUCCGUUUCGAGCCAUCGAGGAGAGCGUUGUCGCCCACCUCACGGAGCCGGCCUCGAGAAGCGAUGUGUACGCUUGGUACAGCCUGCUUGGCACGGCUGGCACAGCAUUUGGACUCAUGACUGGCGGAUGGGCUGUGCAGUAUGUUUCCACCGUCCUCCACUGGGAGCUGAUCGAUGCCUAUCGCUUCAUCUUCUACGGCUAUGCUGUCGCGGGCCUGGUAAAGUUGUCUCUCGCUCUUCUUUUGAGCAGCGCGGUAGAGGCAGAUGGAAAGGCUUCUUCUCCUGCCAAAGCGGCUAUUAAAUCCAAUGGAGCGGGCGACAACACCGAGACAUCGCCUCUCUUGGGUAGUGGAAAUGCGAGCCCACAGGCAGACGAAGAGCGAAAGUCUCGCAGCCGAGUUGGAGCUCUUCUGCCCGAUAUCAGCAAAGAAGGCUACGCUAUCAUGACGAGCCUGUGUGUCUUUUUCGCAUUGGAUGCGUUUGCCUCUGGGUUGGCUUCCAUGUCCUGGGUGACUUACUUCUUCCGCUGGCGUUAUGGCAUCGAAGAGGGCAAGCUCGGCUCCAUCUUCUUCGUUACGAGCAUCACCUCGGCUAUGUCAAUGCUUGUGGCCUCCUCCCUGGCCAAGCGGUUCGGCAACAUCAAGACCAUGGUCUUUACUCAUCUGCCCUCGUCGAUAUUCCUCUCGCUCAUACCCGCCUUCCCCGACGUGCGCCUCUCCCUGCUUUUCCUGUGGCUCCGCGCCUCCAGCCAGAGCAUGGAUGUCGCACCGCGGGCGGCCUUCCUAGCCGCCGUCAUCAAGCCAAGCGAGCGCACUGCUAUCAUGGGUGUCAUCAACGUGGUCAAGACAACCGGUGCCAGCCUAGGCCCCUUCUUGACUGGUACAUUGGCAGAUCACGGCCUGUUUUGGGUCGCCUUCGUCACGGCCGGGUGUCUCAAGGCGACUUAUGAUUUGGGCAUGCUUGCAGUCUUUCAGAAUCACGAGAAGCACGCAGCUGAAAGAGAGGAGCGAAGUGGGGAGGCGAGUGCUGCCUCUGCGUAA